AUGACUCAAAAUCCACUCCAUCAUGAUUAUCCCUGGACAACCCCAGAUGCUCCUCUGGUGGUCUCUGCACCAAUGAUGAAAAUCACACUGGCCAAGGCUGCAGUCACUGUCUCCGCGAACGGAGGAUUCGGUUUUGUAGCUGGAGGCUUCGAUCUUUCAAACUUAGGAAAGGAUCUCAGUGAAGCUGCUGAACUGGUCAAGAGUCAAUCUCUCUCACUCCAUGAUGGAGUCCUCCCGAUCGGGGUUGGUUUUCAAAAUUGGGGCAGUGAUUUGAAAUUGGCCCUCGAAGCAAUAAAAAAUCAUCCCGUUGCAGCGGUCUGGUUCUUUGCACCGAACCAACUUUGCGAACUUCUGGAUUGGACGAGAGAGAUUCGUGAAGCAACCAACGGAAAGACCAAAGUCUGGAUACAGAUUGGGACCGUGGCAGAAGCAGUCGAGGUUGCCAAGACCAGCAAACCAGAUGUCAUUGUAGUACAGGGUGCUGAUUCGGGUGGUCACGGACUCGCACAAAGAGCCAGUCUUCUAACUCUUCUCCCGGAAAUUGCAGACGCGUUGGCAAAAGAGGGAAUCAGUACACCUUUGAUUGCAGCUGGUGGUAUCAUUGAUGGCCGUGGUGCCGCAGCAGCAUCAUUACUUGGUGCAAGUGGCGUUGCGCUUGGAACCAGAUUCCUUGCAAGCGAAGAGAUCACUAUUGCCAAGGGAUAUCAAGAUGAGGUUCUCAGAGUUACCGAUGGAGGCGUCAGUACAGUUGCAACCACAGUGUAUGACACUGUGCGGAACAUUCAUGGUUGGCCACAAGCAUACAAUGGUCGAGGAGUGGCGAACCGCAGUUAUUUAGAUGCCGUGCAUGGCAUGAGUGAGAGAGAGAACCAGGAGCUCUACAAAGAAGCCAUGAAACAAGGAGACUCUGGGUGGGGACCUGAAGGCAGAAUGACUACUUACGCAGGAACAGGAAUUGGUCUGGUACACAAGGUCAUGCCAGCGGGCGAGAUUGUGAAGAGUGUGCAACAGGAAGCUAUAAAUUUGCUUCUAAAGACAGCGGCAAGAUUCGCGAAGUAG